AUGAUCAUGAUCAUGAUCACGACCGGACUGGACGACACCCGGAUCAGGCAUGCAGCACUCACCUUCUGUCCGCCUUUGAGCGAUACAGCACCUACUUGGAAUCAGCUCGAUGUCUCUGCAGAAGUGUCCUCAACAAUCAAAUCAACCGCUGCUGCGGUACUCCACUCGCUCCUCGGGAUACCGCGACACCAGCCGUCUCAGAGGCUCGUUCGACUGGUCACAGUUUUCGAGCAAGCGCAGCUGAGACUCUGCACGCUCGCCAUGUAG